CCGCGGUUCAUGUUUGUGUGCGUAAGGAUCUUUAUUGUGAAGUGAAGUGGCCUUAAGUUACAGGAAAACAGGUUAGCUGUUCCAACGGCAUGACAGAAGCUGAUUUUUUAGCUCGUCUUCAGGUAGUACAAGCCACAAUACCACAAAGAACAACAUGCUGUCUAUACCUGUAAUCGACUUUGGCGUCUACAAACUCGGGACCAGUGAUAUUGCCAAAGAAGAUCUACAAAAAAUAAGUAGAGAACUACAAACAGCCUUUGAAGAAGUGGGGUUUGUUUAUCUGAAAAAUACUGGAAUUGAUCAGAAAGAGGUUGAACGUGUCCUGGAUGUUUCUAAGAAGUUCUUUCUGCUCCCAGAAGAGCAGAAAAGCUCCUUUAAAAGAGGAAGUUAUGAUAUUAAUGUCAAUCAUGGCUGGGUCUCGUCAGAAACGGAGAGUUUGAAUCCUCGCCGGCCCGGUGACCUGAAGGAGGCUUUUAACAUCACAUCUAUAAGUGAAAAUAUAAAAUGGCCCACAGGAUUACGGGCCACCGUAGUGGAAUUUUUCCUGCAUUGUAGAGCUCUUUCUCUUCGUGUACUGAAAGUCAUGGCUUUCAGUCUUGGUGUGGACCCAGAGGUCUUCCUCGAAACACACAGGUUCAUUGGAAGUAAGGAUAAUGACACCACCCUGCGCUCUCUGUAUUACCCAUCGGUUAAUCCUGGUAUUGUGAAGAAAGAUCAGCUCCGCUGUGGUGAGCACUCCGACUAUGGCAGCAUCACGCUACUCUUCCAGGGCAAUGAGGAAGGCCUGCAGGUACAGGGUCGUAAAGGCGAGUUUAUUUCAGCCCCCAGCAUUCCUGGAGCUGUUCUGGUCAACAUUGCUGACUUAAUGCAGAGAUGGACCAGUGACAAGUUUGUGUCUGCUGUCCACAGGGUUUUACUUCCUCCUCCAGGUGACGUAAGCACACGUCAGUCUUUGGCAUUCUUUGUGCAUCCAGAUAAUGAAGCCCUCAUCACUUGUUUUGAUGGAUUGAACAAAUACCCCCCAGUAACAGCUCUGAAUUAUCUGCUUUCAAGAUUUGAAGACACUUAUUAAACAAUGAAUUGUUUUUUAAUACAUCUGCUAACUGGUAGCUAAUGUUAAACCACUGUUGACACUAUUUUUGUAAAUAUAUUGAGUACAUAUUGACCACUGGGAUUACAGGCAAAAUAUAAUCGUCCACUUAUGCCCGGCAGACAUGGUUUGAUUGACGACAUAGUCAGUGUAGCUUUAGUUAAAUAUUUUUCCACUUCAUUGCAAAAUAUGUUCAGAUCUCUGAGGAAUUUUUAUUGCCGUCAAGAUGGAAAACCUUCUAUACCUCAUAUGGGCAACAUUUAUGUAUAUUGCAGCUGAUUGUUUAGGCACACGUAAAGCAUACUUUAACCCUAAACAUAACCCUAAAGGUUUAGUGAUGUCAGCUGUUUGCUGUGACGAGUAUAAAACACAUUUACAGAAAAGUUGGGACGUUUUGUAAAAUGCAAUAAAACAAGAUAUUCAGAUUUGUUUGUUUUCUACUGCAGUUUUCCUGGAGUUGCAGAUAGUUUUAUAAACCCAGUUGGUACACGGGUUUCAGUCUCAACAUAUAACAGUACAUGACAGUGCUGUUAAAAAUGGCUAAAAAAAUUAUAAUGCAAAAAAAAUACAGGAUUAACACUAACAUUUUGUCUCUGAUAAUCAUUUCUGCAACUCUUCUUUUUUUGUGUCUAAAUGGCUGGAACAUUAACAACAUUAAUACCUUGGGUAAAACAAGACUUUUUGAGUAAUUUGAGUUCUUUUAAUCCUGUGGAAUUUUUACAAAUGUGCCAUUUUAAUCCAAAUUGUAUUUUUAUUGUGAAAAUAAAUUCUUAAAUGUCA